AUGACAAAAAAGAGACCCAACACAUGGACUGGUUAUACUCAUCAACCAAGCAUAGAACAGGGUUAUUCAGUCAGACAGACAAUAGCCACUAUUUCUACAUUCACCUCAACAGCCAAUACGUAUCUUGUCUAUACUUCACCACUCUCAGAUCCUGUGUUUCAUUCUCAGUCUUUACUGUUCUUAUUUGGUUUCUUGUUCUUUCCAUGUUGGUGGAUAGGUGGCUUUUAUCUCAAGAUGGAACCCAUACCCUGUGUGGAUAUGGAGCAGUCUGUGAUUGUUCACCCAUCUCUGAUAGCCAAUGGCAAGACAUCAUCACAUGUCUUGCAGAGUGUAGUGAUUGUCCAUGCUAACAAAACUGACUCAAUACGCUUCUUUUAUCGAUGGAAUCGACAUAUGAGCUUUGUUUCUAUUGGACUCUUGAUGAUCAUGCUAGGAUUAUUGAUUUGGUAUUUUGUACAAUAA